CCAAUAUAAGCAGCUGUAAGUCUCACAGGAAGACUGCAGUGAAGACCAGUCAAGUCCUUGAGUGUGGUUUAUUAGAAAAUUCUUCACCCUUGGGAGCAAAGACAGUGAGCUGCCACCAUGAGCACAGACGCUGAGAUGGCCGCAUAUGGCAAAGCUGCCAUAUACCUCCGUAAGCCUGAGAAGGAGAGAAUUGAGGCUCAAAGCAAGCCCUUUGAUGCAAAGUCGGCCUGCUAUGUAGCUGAUGACAAAGAGCUGUACCUUAAGGGUACAAUCAAGAGCAGAGACGGUGGCAAAGUCACUGUUGAACUGCUUGAGAGCAAGGAGUCAAGAACAGUUAAGGAGGAUGAUGUCUACCCCAUGAAUCCUCCUAAGUUCGAUAAGAUUGAGGACAUGGCCAUGAUGACCCACCUCAAUGAAGCCUCUGUGCUGUAUAACCUCAAAGAGCGUUACGCAGCAUGGAUGAUCUACACCUACUCUGGACUUUUCUGUGCUACUGUGAACCCCUACAAGUGGCUCCCAGUGUAUGAUGCCGAAGUGGUGGCUGCCUACAGAGGCAAAAAGCGCAUGGAAGCCCCACCUCACAUCUUCUCUGUGUCUGACAAUGCCUAUCAGUUUAUGCUCACUGAUAGGGAGAACCAGUCUGUCCUGAUUACUGGAGAAUCUGGUGCUGGAAAGACUGUGAACACAAAACGUGUCAUCCAGUACUUUGCUACAGUUGCUAUGCAGAGUGACAAGAAAAAGGAAGCUUCUGCCGGCAAAAUGCAGGGAUCUCUUGAAGACCAGAUCAUUGCAGCCAAUCCUCUGCUUGAGGCCUAUGGUAAUGCUAAGACCGUGAGAAAUGACAACUCUUCUCGUUUCGGUAAAUUUAUCAGAAUUCAUUUUGGCACAUCCGGCAAACUGGCUAGUGCUGACAUUGAGACAUAUCUGCUGGAGAAAUCUAGAGUUUCAUUCCAGCUUUCUGAUGAGAGAGGAUACCACAUCUUUUACCAGAUGAUGACCAAUGAAAAGCCUGAGCUGAUUGAAAUGACACUCAUCACUACCAACCCCUAUGACUUCCCCAUGUGCAGUCAGGGUCAGAUCACAGUGGCAAGCAUUAAUGAUAAGGAGGAACUGAUUGCCACAGAUACUGCUAUUGACAUCCUGGGCUUCAGUGCUGAAGAGAAAAUGUGCAUCUACAAAUUCACUGGAGCUGUUCUUCAUCAUGGUAACAUGAAGUUCAAGCAGAAGCAGCGUGAGGAGCAGGCUGAGCCUGAUGGCACAGAGGAGGCUGACAAAGUCGCCUACCUUCUGGGUUUGAACUCAGCUGAUAUGCUGAAGGCCUUGUGCUACCCCAGAGUGAAGGUCGGAAAUGAAUUUGUGACAAAGGGACAGACUGUGCCACAGGUAUAUAAUGCUGUAAACGCAUUGGCCAAAUCCAUCUAUGAAAGGAUGUUCUUGUGGAUGGUCAUACGUAUCAACCAGAUGUUGGACACCAAACAAGCCAGACAGUUCUUCAUCGGUGUGCUGGACAUUGCUGGAUUUGAAAUCUUUGAUUUCAACAGCAUGGAGCAGCUGUGCAUUAACUUCACCAAUGAGAAACUGCAACAGUUCUUCAACCACCACAUGUUUGUCCUGGAGCAAGAGGAGUACAAGAAAGAAGGCAUUGUUUGGGAAUUCAUUGACUUCGGCAUGGACUUGGCUGCUUGCAUUGAACUUAUUGAGAAGCCCAUGGGUAUCUUCUCCAUCCUGGAAGAAGAGUGCAUGUUCCCCAAGGCUACAGACACCAGCUUCAAGAACAAGCUGUAUGAUCAGCAUCUUGGCAAGUGCAACGCUUUCCAGAAACCCAGACCUGCCAAAGGCAAAGCUGAGGCCCACUUCUCCCUGGUUCACUAUGCUGGUACUGUGGACUACAACAUCGCUGGCUGGCUGGAAAAGAAUAAGGACCCACUGAACGAAUCUGUUGUGCAGCUGUACCAGAAGUCUGCUGUCAAACUGCUUUCUACCCUCUACCCACCUGUUGUUGAGGAGACUGGUGGAAAGAAGGGAGGCAAGAAGAAGGGUGGUUCCAUGCAGACUGUGUCCUCUCAGUUCAGGGAGAACUUGGGCAAGCUGAUGACCAACUUGAGGAGCACCCAUCCUCACUUUGUGCGUUGUCUGAUUCCAAAUGAAUCUAAGACUCCAGGUCUCAUGGAGAACUUUCUGGUUAUCCACCAGCUGAGAUGUAACGGUGUGCUGGAGGGUAUCAGAAUCUGCAGAAAGGGAUUCCCCAGCAGAAUCCUCUAUGGUGACUUCAAGCAAAGAUACAAAGUGCUGAAUGCCAGUGUUAUUCCUGAAGGCCAGUUUAUCGACAACAAGAAGGCUUGUGAGAAGCUUCUGGGAUCCAUCGACAUUGACCACGACCAGUAUAGAUUUGGACACACUAAGGUGUUCUUCAAAGCUGGUCUGUUGGGUGUUCUUGAAGAGAUGAGAGAUGAAAAACUGGCUUCUCUGGUCACAAUGACUCAGGCUCUUUGCCGUGGUUUCCUCAUGAGAAGAGAGUUUGUAAAGAUGAUGGAGAGGAGGUCGGCCAUUGACACCAUCCAGUACAACAUCCGCUCAUUUAUGAAUGUCAAACAUUGGCCAUGGAUGAAGGUGUACUACAAGAUCAAGCCCCUGCUGAAGAGUGCUGAAACUGAGAAGGAGCUGGCAACCAUGAAAGAGGACUUCACAAAAUGCAAGGAAGAUCUUGCUAAGGCUGAGGCCAAAAAGAAGGAGCUUGAAGAAAAGAUGGUGGCACUGCUUCAAGAGAAGAAUGACCUGCAGCUUCAAGUUGCAUCUGAAUCUGAGAAUCUCUCAGAUGCUGAGGAGAGAUGUGAGGGUCUGAUUAAGAGCAAAAUCCAGCUUGAAGCUAAACUCAAAGAGACAACUGAGAGAUUGGAAGAUGAGGAGGAGAUCAAUGCUGAGUUGACUGCCAAGAAGAGGAAACUGGAGGACGAGUGCUCCGAGCUGAAGAAGGACAUUGAUGACUUGGAGCUCACCUUGGCUAAAGUGGAAAAGGAGAAACAUGCCACCGAAAACAAGGUUAAGAACCUCACAGAGGAGAUGACAACUCAAGAUGAGAGCAUUGCCAAACUCACAAAAGAGAAGAAAGCCCUCCAAGAGGCACAUCAGCAGACCCUUGAUGAUCUUCAGGCAGAGGAGGACAAAGUCAACACUCUGACAAAAUCUAAGACUAAGCUUGAACAGCAAGUGGAUGAUCUGGAAGGUUCUCUUGAGCAAGAGAAGAAACUCCGCAUGGACCUAGAGAGAGCCAAGAGAAAGCUUGAGGGUGACUUGAAACUGUCUCAGGAAUCCAUCAUGGACCUGGAGAAUGACAAACAGCAGUCUGAGGAGAAGCUGAAAAAGAAAGACUUUGAAAUAAGCCAGUUCCUUAGCAAGAUCGAGGAUGAACAAUCUCUUGGUGCUCAGCAUCAGAAGAAGAUCAAGGAGCUUCAGGCCCGUAUUGAGGAGCUGGAAGAAGAGAUCGAGGCUGAGCGUGCCGCUCGUGCCAAGGUUGAGAAGCAGAGAUCUGAUCUCUCCAGAGAACUUGAAGAGAUCAGUGAGAGACUUGAGGAGGCUGGUGGAGCAACUGCAGCUCAGAUUGAGAUGAACAAGAAGCGAGAGGCUGAGUUCCAGAAGCUGCGUCGUGAUCUUGAAGAAGCCACAUUGCAGCAUGAAGCAACUGCUGCUGCCCUCCGCAAAAAGCAGGCUGACAGCGUGGCAGAGCUGGGAGAACAAAUCGACAACCUGCAGAGAGUGAAGCAGAAACUUGAGAAGGAGAAGAGUGAAUACAAAAUGGAGAUUGAUGAUCUUUCCAGCAAUAUGGAAGCUGUUGCUAAAGCUAAGGCAAAUCUUGAAAAGAUGUGCCGUACCCUUGAGGACCAACUGAGCGAGCUCAAGACCAAGAAUGAUGAGAAUUCACGCCAAGUUAAUGACAUCAGUGUUCAAAAAGCAAGACUACAAACUGAAAAUGGUGAGUUUUCACGUCAACUGGAAGAGAAGGAAGCUUUGAUUUCUCAGCUGACCAGAGGCAAGCAGGCAUUCACUCAGCAAAUUGAGGAGCUCAAGAGACAGAUGGAGGAGGAGGUUAAGGCAAAGAAUGCCCUGGCCCAUGGUUUGCAGUCUGCCCGUCAUGACUGUGAUCUCCUCAGGGAGCAGUUUGAGGAGGAGCAGGAGGCAAAGGCUGAAUUGCAACGUGGCAUGUCUAAGGCUAACAGCGAAGUGGCUCAGUGGAGAAAUAAAUAUGAAACUGAUGCUAUCCAGCGCACUGAGGAACUUGAGGAAGCCAAGAAGAAGUUGGCACAGCGUCUGCAGGAGGCUGAGGAACAAAUUGAGGCUGUGAACUCUAAGUGUGCCUCUCUGGAAAAGACCAAGCAGAGACUGCAGGGCGAGGUGGAGGAUCUUAUGAUUGAUGUGGAAAGAGCCAAUGCCUUGGCUGCCAACCUUGACAAGAAGCAGAGGAACUUUGAUAAGGUCCUUGCAGAAUGGAAGCAGAAGUAUGAGGAGGGUCAGGCUGAGCUGGAAGGAGCCCAGAAGGAGGCUCGUGCUCUGAGUACAGAGUUGUUCAAGAUGAAGAACUCCUAUGAGGAAGCUCUUGAUCAACUUGAAACACUCAAGAGGGAGAACAAGAAUCUGCAGCAGGAGAUCUCAGACCUGACUGAACAAAUUGGUGAGACUGGAAAGAGCAUCCAUGAGCUUGAGAAGGCUAAGAAGGCAGUAGAGACUGAGAAGGCUGAGAUCCAGACUGCUCUGGAGGAGGCUGAGGGCACACUGGAGCAUGAAGAGUCAAAGAUUCUCCGUGUUCAGCUUGAGCUUAACCAGGUUAAGAGUGAGAUUGACAGGAAGCUUGCUGAGAAGGAUGAGGAGAUCGAGCAAAUAAAGAGGAACAGCCAGCGCGUGACUGAGUCAAUGCAGAGUACUCUGGAUUCUGAGGUCAGGAGCAGGAAUGAUGCUCUGAGAAUUAAGAAGAAGAUGGAGGGAGAUCUCAAUGAGAUGGAAAUUCAGCUCAGCCAUGCCAAUCGCCAAGCUGCUGAGGCACAGAAACAGUUGAGGAAUGUCCAGGGACAACUCAAGGAUGCCCAACUGCACCUUGAUGAUGCUUUGAGAGGACAAGAAGAUAUGAAGGAGCAAGUGGCCAUGGUGGAGCGCAGAAACACUCUGAUGUUGGCUGAGAUUGAGGAGCUCAGAGCUGCCCUUGAGCAGACAGAGAGAGGCCGCAAAGUGGCUGAACAGGAGCUGAUCGAUGCUAGUGAGCGUGUUGGAUUGCUGCACUCUCAGAACACAAGUCUGCUGAACACUAAGAAGAAGCUGGAGACUGACCUUGUUCAAAUCCAGAGCGAGGUUGAGGACACUGUGCAGGAAGCAAGAAAUGCAGAGGAGAAGGCCAAGAAAGCUAUCACUGAUGCUGCAAUGAUGGCUGAGGAGUUGAAGAAGGAGCAGGACACUAGUGCUCAUCUGGAGAGGAUGAAGAAAAACCUGGAGGUCACAGUCAAGGACCUCCAGCACCGCCUGGAUGAGGCUGAGAAUCUGGCCAUGAAGGGAGGAAAGAAACAACUUCAGAAACUGGAGUCUAGGGUACGUGAGCUGGAGAAUGAAGUUGAUGCUGAACAGAGACGUGGAGUUGAGGCUGUUAAGGGUGUCCGCAAAUAUGAGAGGAGAGUGAAGGAGCUCACUUACCAAACUGAGGAGGACAAGAAGAACAUUACCAGGUUGCAAGAUCUGGUUGACAAGCUGCAGCUGAAGGUCAAGGCCUACAAGAGACAGUCUGAGGAGGCGGAGGAACAGGCUAAUUCCCACCUGUCCAAGCUUAGGAAAGUGCAGCAUGAUCUGGAGGAGGCUGAAGAGCGUGCUGACAUUGCUGAGUCUCAAGUCAACAAGCUCAGGGCCAAGAGUCGUGAUGCUGGAAAGGGCAAAGAAUCAGCAGAGUAAUCACCAACUUUGUAAUGUUUUAUUUGUGGAAACAAACUUUAAAUAAAUGCAUUAUGUACUAAA